AUGCCAAACAGAUCCCCACCAUUGGAAGAUACCUGGGCUUUCCAGCCUAUUGGCGCCCCAUUCCCAGACAAUCCGGUCAAAUGUCUGCGACAGCAAAACAUGUACGUCGCUUUGUGGUACAAGAAUGGAAAGGUAUGUUGUGGUAGGCUUACUUUGGUUGUUGCGGCUGUUUUCCUUGUUUUCGAAGUUUUAGUUCUUAAGAAUCAGACGACUUUAUCUUUGACUUCUUGUGUUAGGGUUGUUGAUAAUUUAAAAUUUUUCAGCCCAUCCACGGUCGUGCCUGGAAUAACGGUGGUGUUGUGGAGUGCUCGUUCCCGUACCUGAAGGCUGAGUUGACUGGUGUCAAGGAUUUGGCCGGUCAGAUCCAGGUGCUCCAGUACAAGGGUGAUCAUUUGUCGUUGGGCUAUUGGUACAACUGGAUCAAGUACAGUGAGCGUUUCGACAAGGACGUCAAGGAGCGCGAGCUGGUAAAAUGUGGUGACUCGAUUCCAUUGUUGUGGUUGGACAGAAAGGAAGGAGCGUUGAUGGGUUAUGUUGAUAACCGUACCGAGAUUGCUCGAUUCUCCCACGAUGGCAAAGCCGAAGAGGUACAAGGUCCGGCGUUGUCGCCUAUGUACAUCAUCGUCCGCGAGUUGAAGGGUGAGUUUUUGCGUUUUUGACUAAUUUUGUUACCUAAUUUUAGGUUUUUUACUUAAUCUUUAGUUUUUAUACUAUCUUGACUUAUCUAUACACUUUCUGAAUUCUUUGUUACUCACUGUGCCAUUUUCAGACGGCCCAGACACUUGUGAGUGUAAGGAAUGCGAGGCCAAGCGUGCCAAACCUCAGCCUGUCCCCAAGCCGGUUGUCCGUGUCAUGUUGAACGAAUGGGCCGAUUUCCGUGCCGGCGAUCCGUUCCCACCAACCAAGUGUGUCAAGGCCUUGUUCAAGUCCCUCAACACCUUGCCAGGCGAGAACCCCGACCAGUAUGUGGCCUUGUGGUACCAGUCUGGUGAGCCAGUCAUGGGACGUAUCUGGAAUGAGGGCGGAAAGAUUGCCGCCGACUUUGGAUGGGGAGGACAUGAGUACAAGAAGAACAUUGGUUCACUUCAGGUAAGGAUUUGCAUAUUUUUGAUUUUUUAAAACUUUAAGGGGUUCUUUGAAAAUUUUUUGCCCUUUUUAAAUUAAAAGUCAAUUAUAGCUUUUGAACUUGCUUUAUAAAUACACCUCAUUUUAGGUCCUGUUCGAGCUGCCCGAGCACGUCAGAGGUUUUGACUACGCUUGGAAGCCGUACCAAGAAGCUGCCGCCUUUGGAGAAAAGGAGUGGGUACCAGUACAUGUCGACAACGGCAAGGUCAGUAUUUCGCCGGCUGUCAUCAUUGUGGAAGGCAAGGAGAUCCUGGGCAAGGUCGACAUCCGUAACGAAAAGGCAUCGGCUGGCUAUGGAGGCAAGGAAGUGGUCUUGGUUGGUCCAGCUGUCCACUCUUCGACUGUUUUGUGCCGUAAGGCUAAAGCCGGAUGCAAAUUCGACUAA